AUGGAGUGUGGUAAAGGUUACCGUCCCUCUUAUGCUUGGAGAAGCUUGCUUUUUGGUAGUGAGUUGCUUAAGAAAGGGCUGAUAAGAUCCAUUGGGAAUGGGAGAUCGACAUAUGUUUGGUCACAGAGCUGGAUCAUGGAUGACUGUCCUCGGAGACCUGUCAAUAAACAAAGAGAGAUUGAUGUUAACCUACGAGUGGAGUCACUUCUGGAUGAUAAUCAUCAAUGGAACGUGGAGAAACUACAAACUCUAUUUCCAGAAAAUGAGGUGGCUCGUAUCCGCCAGCUUCAGGUUGGCAACAUCGCUGAUAAGGAUAUAUGGGCUUUCUCUGAUAAUGGUUCUUACACGGUUAAGAGUGGUUAUAAGUUGGCAUCUCUAGCAAAAGAAACAGAGGAAGUACAUUCUGCAGUAUCACGGCCUGGAAAUUUUGAGCUCAAAAGAAAGAUCUGGAAAGUUGCAACAACUCCUAAGAUUCGAAACUUCCUGUGGAGAGCGGCUUCUGGUGCCUUGGCGGUCGCAGAGAAUUUGAAUACAAGAGGUUUAAACGUUGACCUGCCACCAAUGAGUUCGGUAUCAGUGACUGAAGGUCUCUCUAUGCUUCUUCAGCUUAUGUCAGACACUACAAUACCGAAGUCUCCGCGAGUGGCUAUUCCUUGGAUUCUUUGGACCAUAUGGAAAAACCGGAAUAGUUUGAUUUAUGCGGACUCUCAGGAAUCUUUGGUGAAUCAGGUUCAACAGGCUUUGGAAGAAGCGCGUUUAUGGGAAGAGGUGAACGGUAAGGAGGAAGAGGUCGUUGGUAUACAAGGAAUCAGUGCAGUCUCGAAGAAAUGGGAACCUCCUAUGGCAGGUUUCGUCAAAUGUAACUUUCACUCGAAUUGGAGGAAUGCCUCAUUGCACAGUGGAGUUGCUUAUCUGGUGCGUGAUCAACAAGGCAACGUUUUACAUCAUGCAAGAGACGCCAUCACUUUCUCACCGAAUAGGCUAACGUCUGAGCUGCGAUGUUUCAUCUGGGUACUGAAAAGCUUGCGGGAUCUAGGAUAUCAGGAAAUCGUUUGCAGUUCUGAUUGUCAUGAAGUUAUGGAGGCUGUAAUGAAACCCCUUGGCUGGCCUCGCUACCGGAUUCUCCUUCAAGAGAUCACCGCUCUGUGUGGGUCUUUCCACUCUGUUGCCUUUGAAACAGAAUCUGCACACUCCAACAUGGUAGCUCACGAGAUAUCAAAGAGUGUUCUCCGUUAUGGUAGGUUUCAAUCUUACCUAGCUUUGGGAGGGCCAGCUUGGUUACAUCAUCUGAUCGUAAGGGAAACAAGUUAG